GUCAAAACUGGAAUCCACACCCUCUAUCUGCAGACUGCUUAUCGUGUUGAGACACCUCCUUGUCUUUGUCUCUUUGCAGCUGACAGACAGUAGCUUCUCCAAAUACAGAACAUAGGCUGAACAUACAUAAAUCCAGGAGGGAUAUUCGGGGAGCAGUCAAGAGGAUUUUCACAAAGUUUUCAAUCUCAAUGUACUACUGAAACAGUCUGGAGUCAUGGAGUCUCCACAGUUUUCCAUGCUGUCAUCCUUGAGGGGAGAGUUUAAAUCAGAGGAUUUCAUCCAGCCUCACUACAAAGAGGCAUACCGCCUGGCGAUUGAUCACCUGGUGAGUGGUGGCAGAGACAGCUACGAGGAGUUCCUCAAGGGAGAACGUAUCGGGUGCUUCCUCUCAGAGGAUGAGCUUAAGUUCAUCAUUGAAAAUGCAGAACAGCUCCCACCUCAAACCCACAUAGAGGAAAACAGCGGUCCACCGGACAACCAGUCAUCCUCAGGGACCUACUGGCCCAUCCACUCGGAUGUGGACACGCCAGAUUUGGACUUAGGGUGGCCAGAGGUCAUGCAUGAAAGACUGCAGACAAAUAUAGAUCUGCUCUUCCACCCACCAAGACAAAACAACCCCACCAUUAAAGAGGUGAUCCGGAAGCAUAUUCAGGAUGCAAGACAGGUCAUUGCCAUUGUGAUGGACAUGUUCACUGAUGUCGAUAUAUUCAGGGAGGUUGUUGACGCCUCUAUACGAGGAGUCCCAGUCUAUGUGCUUUUGGAUGACUUCCAUUUGAAAAGUUUCCUCACAAUGGCUGAAAAUCAAGAUGUAAAAAUUCAGCAACUCAGGAACAUGAGGGUGCGCACUGUGAAAGGUCAGGAUUACCUCUGUCGAUCAGGAGCUAAAUUUCAUGGGGCAAUGGAGCAGAAGUUUCUUUUAGUCGACUGUCUCACAGCAAUUUAUGGCUCAUACAGCUUCACUUGGUCAUUUGAGAAGAUCAAUCUGAGCAUGGUGCAAGUCAUCACAGGCCAUCUGGUGAAGUCGUAUGAUGAGGAGUUUCGAACACUCUAUGCCCGGUCGACUGUGCCAGCUGAGCUGUGUCCCCCAGAGGGCUUGUUCCAACGAAACGGGCCAAACGGAAAACAGAUUAUGCCAAACUCUCACUCUGCCCAAAGAAUUGAACGGAGGGACCAGUUGAGGCACACACUGGAUACGGUCUAUAGGAAGACCUGUGAGAGGAAACUGGGCACAAGAGACCUUGAAGAGAGGCUUCUUGAAGAGGAACCUAACACAUCCAGCCCAUUGAUUGAGAAUGGGAUUGGUGUUCACAACCAGGUGUCCCAUCUUCAGUCCACAGAAGCAAUGAACUACUUGAAAAGGCACAGCUACGCAGGGGAGAGACAAGAUGGAAUUAUGCCCCAGAACAUCAGGCCCAGAGCAAGCAACUGGAAUAUCUCCAGAGAGACAGGAAAUGGAACAAACAACUACCCUAUGGACAAUUAUUUACAAGUGCCAUUGAUAUACAGAGGUCAAAACAUGCGUCAGUCUUACUGUGGCAAUGACAUACAGAUUCCAUCCAUGCAGCAGAAUAUGCCAACACUUGAGAAUACAUCCAAGUCAUUCAUGCGCACAUGGCGGAUCGAGUCUUACCUCAAAAACCCAGAUGUCCCAUAUGGAGACUCUUGUGAUCAUUUGGAUCAAUUUGAGCCAAUGGACAAAGCUGGCUCCUUCAUGCAGGGAAGAAUGAGGUCUUCUCUUGUCUUCAGGGGCAACAUGCCAGAGCAAAUGGAGCCAAAUAGACACAUAAACAAUGCUUUCACUAGUGUUAGCCCCUCAGCAGCACAAAACACCCCUAUGCACUACUCAUCAAUGCAGUGGAAUCCAACAGCAGUGGGUGAUAAUAAAAUACAUAACGACGAGUUCAUAUUAAAGAGACAAAGUCUACAGAUUUUGGAUGAUGAUCGUAAUAAUGCAUGCUUUGGCAAAAACUCUUACCACUCUGUAUAUGCCAGCUUAGGCAGAGCUAAAGGUGGACAGAUGAUCACAAACCCUGAUAUCUUGACAGACAGUUGGCACAAAAGGCAUAGUGUGGCGGAUCCAAGAUCAAACACUGAGUAUGCACAUGAAUCCUCAGGCCACAUGUAUGGAGCUUUUGCAAGGAUGCAAGUAAACAGGAGCACAGCAGGGAUCAAUGCACAGAAUGGUGGAUACGGGUCAAAUCUGAAUGAGGAUCAAAGAUCUGUCUCUCAUUAUGAUGUCAAGAGUAUCACAGGUACAAAGGGCUCCAGCACACCCAACUGGCAGGAGCCACCAUUGAGGACUGUGUCUGCGGCAGCGCUGGAUGUGAAUAGCAAAGAUUUGACAACUAAAUCCAACAGCAAGGGCUCUCAGCAUUUUCUACAAAAGAGCUCCAAGAAAAUAAAAUCCUUAUUGAACAUACCAGAGAAAAAAGAGGAUUCAAUUGGAACCAUAGAAACAUUGAGUCUCCAGUCAGGUGGCAGCACAGACACUUUAACAGCUGAAGAUGAUGAGAAAACAUCAUAUGGUGGAAGAAAACCUCACCAAAGCACAACCAACUCAGCCAGGUCCUCCUCAGAACGCCACAGGACCUAUCGAGAGGAUGACAAUCUAAAAUCAUCAAAACCUCGAUUCACAACAGAGGAGCACCAGCAACCACCACAGACCUCUCUCCCCAAAACAACCACACAGAAGAAACCCACCAUUCUUGACAAAGGCACAAGGCCCAGCCUUGAUGUAGGCAGCUGGAGCAAAAAUCGAGGAGCUGAGAAUCGCUUGUACAGCAGGUUUGAGCCUUUCUGCUCAUUGGAAAAGAAAACCCCUCUGCACACUCAAACCAGCUUUGGAAACACCCACUCUCAGGAGAAAACCAAAAGCCUUCCGAAAGCUGAGGCAGCUAUUGAACACAACAUCACCAGGUCUGCACGAGGACACCAUGAAAAUAAGCUGGAGAAAUUCAUUCAAAGAAUGGGAAAUCUCAUACAUAAGAACAAGUAAUGACAACUGCCCUAGCACAAAGGACAUAGCAGGUCAAUUAUUAUGAAUGUAUAUGUGACUGGAAAUGUGCAUAUAUCUAUGGCUCACUUUUAUGUUUGUGUUUACUUUGGAAAAUGACUUUAGCAAAUGCUGUUUACAUUUUGACCAGUUUCUUUUAUUUGUGCACUGAUGAAUACCACUGAAAGGAGAAUACAGCAUACAUGACUAUAAGCUGCAGACCUUUAUACAACAGAACCUAAACUACCACUUACAAGCUGUCUUUGUGUCUGUCUUCAACUGGCGUCAUCCUAUGUGAUAAAUUCAAAUGCUGUCAACAAGUUGAGGAUACACUCUACAACAGGAGUCAUGUCAAAAUGUCAGAGAUGAUGCAAGUAACUAUAGGUGCGUACACAUACCAAAGUGCUGUUGUUUACAGUCAGAGGAUUUGUUGGCACAGGAAGGUAAAAUCUGCAUAGAACAUCAGCUAAACGCAACAUAAUGAAAAACAUACCAUCACAUUCUUGUCAUUUACGUGUCAGACAGAGGUCUUGUGAAUGCUAUGGGUGUUGCAAUAAUUUUGUAAAAUACACAGUGUGUUUCCAUAAUAAAUGUUUGUACCAUUUUUCACUGAGUUUCAGGAGAAUCUCCAAGCACAUCCUUUAUUGAAUCUUAGAUCAACUGUGUGAUUUGGAAAUAUACAGAAGUGACAGGGCCCAGCAGGAUUAGACUGGAAAACAGUGACAAAGGCUUUAUUCUUCCAGAGACGUCAUCCAUCAAGUAGUUUGUUUUAUGUUAUGAAUAUUGUGCCUUAAGGCAAAAUUCAAUGUGCACUGUAGGAUUUCAUUUUAACAUACUCUCCAUCCUUUACUUAAGGUUUAAACAUAAGGAAGCUUAGCUUUACACGCACGCACAUAAUUGGUACUCAGUAUUACAACUGACUAUUAUGUUGCUUGCCAGCCAUUUCCACACCAGUUAUCCUUGAUUUCCUCAGCUCAGUGAGAUUUGUGUGAAUGUUAAAAACAGAAGAUCCACUUUUAGUGUACUUUCUUUUCAUGAUACUGACAAAAUGUUGAUGAAAGAAAUUGGUGAUGAUUUAUAUGUUUUUUUUCUGUCUGCCAUAUGGAUGAAUCAUGUAGAUAACAUGCUUAUUUGCUAGUAGAGUUCAGCCUAAAGGUUUUGUCAAAAGUCACUGUUUUAUUUGAAGUCAGAGCUCCUUUAAGCUUUUAUGAGCAACAUUUUGACCCAGCACAGAUCUUCUAGACAAUUGAUUAUUAACACAGCAUAAAGCAACAGUAAAGAAGUCUACAUACUUAAUGGGGAACGUGUAAUUGGCCUUCCUUGCUUUACAUAACUGAGCCAAAAUGUAAAAACAUGUCUAAAAGCUUAGAAAUAUUUUGAUGUGAUUGGUUAAUUCUUUAGAAUAGUGUCACAUCAUGUAUCUAGUAAGAUGAUAAAAAAAGUGUAUAAUAAUUGUGAUCAUGGUUUGGCAAUUAUUGGAACUGGGAAUUAUUGCUUGCUAUAUCUAGGUUCUGGGCUCCUUCUGAAAACUACCUUUAUAAUUUUACACUGAAAACAUAAGAACUUCAAGCUCAACAGACUGGAGAAAAUAAUUAAACGUUCAAAACCUGUCAUCUGCAAUGCUGUGUUUGGUCACAGUUAGUGUGAAUCCCGCACUUAAAUUACAGUGAUUUAAGUGUGUUAGUUUCCUUGUAAUUAGUUUCUCUGUGUAAGCAGAGAUAUGUGAUUAAAGACAGUUGUUCAGCAUCCAAUUUGUUAAAGGAAAAACCCACCUUAAUCACAUCAGUAAUGAGUCAAAGAAACAAAUAAUCACCAGUUACUAAUGUGAGAUGAAGCAGGAAAUAAAGCACAGCAUGGGCCAGCCAACACUAAAAUCAACAUCCUGCUUCUCCAGUUUGACUGCUCUGUCUCUUUUCCAUUAUAUCAAGCGUUAUCGUAGAAUAUUUUGUAUGAAAAGAGCAAAUUGCCACUGCACCUUGCAUUUCUAGACCUAUUCGUCUUACUUCCCAAGAUAAAUGGCCAAAUUCUUGUGCCUGAAGCUGAGUCCAGCUUCAAUGGACUUUUAUUUGAGGAGGUUAUGGUGCCCAUAUUUUGGAAUAAAAAAUAAAGCACCAAUUUUAGACUCAGUAUUUUGUAUUUUGUUUAUUUUUUGAGGGACUCUUUGUUUUCUCCCCUUCCACAACACGCUGCACAUCACCUGCAAUUUGUCAUACACUAUAUCAUUAUGGCAGAGAGCACCUAUGUGCACAGGAAAACCUUCCAAAGACACUACUGAUUUCCUGAAAGAACCCUAUCAUUUGCACAGUACUUUUAACUGUAUUUCAGUAGCUGUACGAAGUAUAUUAGUGUGCUGUACUGUGUGUGCACUACUACUACUAUAUGAUUUGUGCUUGUAUACAUCCCCUGGGCGAUAAAUAAAGUAUUAUUCAAGCUCA